AUGGGGGGGAAUUUGGUUGGAUUUUGGGGGGUUGAUUUGGGGGAAGGGGGUUGGGGUGGGGGGAUAUGGAUUUUGUUUGGGGGGUUGGGAUGUGUUUGUUUGUUUGUGGUGUGGGUGGGGGGUUGGGGUUUUGGGUGGUUUGUUUGGAGUAGGUGGGGGGUGGUUGGGGGGGGGGGGGGAGGUUUGUUUUGUUGGGGGGGGGGGGUUUUUUUUGUUUGGGGUGGUGGGUGUGUUGGGGGGGUUUUUGUGGGUUUUUGGUGGUUUUUUAUGUUGUGGUUGGGUGGUUGUGGUGUGUUGUUGGGGUUUUGGGGGGUUGGGGGGGGGGGAGGAAGGAGGAUUUGGGGUGUUUGGUGGUGGGUAGGUUUGUUUGGAGGAUUUGGGGGGUGUUUGAGAUAUUUGGGGUGUGGUGGGGUUUUUGUUGUUAAUUAUUUGGGGGAAAUGGGGGGUUUUUUGUGUUGGGGGGGGAGGGAGUUUAUGGGAUGGGGGUGGGGGUUUGUUGGUAUUGUUGUGAUUUUUGGUUGUUGUGUUUUUGGUUUGGGGUGGGGGUGGGGGUAUUUGUUUGUAUUUGGGUUUGUGUGGGGGUUGUUGGGGAGGGGUGUUUUUUGGGUGUUUGUAUUUGUGAUGUUGUGUUUGGUUUUUUGUGUGGUUUGGGUUGGGGGGUUGUUUUUUGUGGGAGGGGGAGGUGUUGUUGGAUGUUUUUGGGGGUGGGGUUUUUUUGUUUUGGGGUGUGGGGGGGGUGGGGUAGGGGGGUGGGUGGGUUGUGUGUGGUGGAGGGGUGAAUAUGGAGGAUUGGGAGUGAUUGGGGUUGUUUGGGUGGGGUUGUGGGUGGUGGGUUUUUGGUGGGGUGUAUGGGAGGGGUGUUGUUUUUUUUGUUUGGGGGUUUUGUGUUGGGGUUUUAUUGUUUGUGUGAUGGGGGUGGGGGGGUUUUGUGGGUUGGGUGGGAAGGGUGGAUUUUGUUUUUGUGUUUUUGUUGGGGGGGUGUUUGGGUGUUUUGUUUUGUUUGAUUGGUGGGGGGUGGAUUGUUUGUUUGGGGGUUGUGGUUGUUUUUUUGUGGUUUGUGGGGGGUUGUUUUGUAGGGGUUUGAGGGGGUGUUGUUGUUUUGGGGUUGGUUUAUUUUGGGGGGGUGGGGGUUGGGGGUUUGGGGUGGUUUGGUGGGGGUGGUGGGGGGGGAGUGGUUUGUUGGUGGUUGGUGGGGGUGGUGUUUGUGGGUUUGGGUUGUGUUGGGGGGUUGGGUUGUUUAGGGGGUGGUUUAGGGGGGGGGGGGGUGUGGGGGGUUGUGUGGUUGGUGGGUUUGGGAUGGGUGUUGGGUGGGUUUGGGGGGUGGGGGGGUGGAGGUUGGUGUUGGUUUUGGGUGGUGGUGGGGGGUGUUUGUGGUUUGGUGUGGGGGUGUUGGGUUUGGUGGGUGGGGGGGUGGGGUGGGUGGUGUGUGUUUGGUUUGUGUGUUUUGGGAUGGGGUGUGUUUUUUUUGUUAUUAGGGGGGUGUUGUUGUGGUGGGGUGGGGGGGUUUUGGGUUGGUUUGGUGUGGUGGGGUUUUUUAGGGGGGGGGGGUGUGUUUUUUGGGGGGGGGGGUUGGUUUUUUUUUUUUUUAUGUUUUUUGAGUGUGUUGGGGAGGUGGUGAUUUUUUUGGGGGUUUGUGUUGUUUAUUGUGGUUUGUGUGGGUUGUGGGUUGGUUUUUUUGUGUUUGGGGGGGGGGGUUGGUUUUUUUGGGGGUUGUGGGUGGGUUUGUGGGGUUGGGGGGUUUGGUUGGGUGGGUUUGGUGGGUGGGGGGUGGUUGGUGGUGGGGGGGGUUGA